AUGGGUGACUUCCAAGCUGUCGCGACCCAGUUCGUCGAGUUCUACUACGGCAAGUUCGACGCGGAUCGCAAGGAACUCAUUAGCCUCUACCGCGAGAACUCCAUGCUUACCUUCGAGUCUGCCUCUGUCCAAGGUGCCACUGCUGUCGUUGAGAAGUUGGUGGGCCUCCCCUUCCAGAAGGUCAAGCACCAGGUCGCAACCCUCGACGCCCAGCCCUCGAACGAAAAUGGAGGCAUCAUCAUCCUCGUCACCGGCCAGCUCUUGGUCGAUGAGGAGCAGAACCCCAUGAACUUCAGCCAGUCCUUCCAGCUCGCCCGCGACGCCUCUGGCCAGUACUUUGUCUACAAUGACAUCUUCAAGCUCAUCUUCGGUUAA